AUGAAGCGGGCGGCGCGGGAGGCGCGGCCGCCUCCGCGCUCGUCGGGGCUGCGCUGGGCGCUGCCCCCGCUGCUGCUGCUGCUGUUGCGCCUGGCCCAGGUGAGCGACCGGGUGGGCCCGGGCGCGGGGGCCGGGUGGGGGGGGCCGGGCACGGAGGGCGGGGGCGGGACUGGCAUCCCCUGCACCUGCCCUGGUGUGCCCUGCCUGCGGGGUCUGCGGGAGGUGGCGAGGGGCCCGAGGGCUCCGCGCCCCCCCUCUUGGAGGGGGCUCGCCGGAACCCAGCCGGCCUCGCGCGCGGGCGAUCGAGCCCCUGGCCCGGCUGCCCAGUCCCGGAGGGAGCACGGCGGGAUCCGGGGUCCCGGGGUGCCCGUGGCCUCCCGGUGGAAGCCCCCGAGCGGGCUCCAGGCCGUCUCUGGCCCGGCCCUGCCCGGAGCUGGUCACAUCUGGCCGGCGCGGGCCCGGCUAGCCCGCCCGCGGCGGCCGGAGGGGGCGUGUUUGAGAAGGGCUCGCGUCGCGGAGCGGGGCCGGCCUGGCCGAGCGCGGCCGACCUCCGACCCGGCCUGCAGGGGCCCGAGGGGCCGGGCCGAAGGGCAGCGGCAGCGGCCCGGGGGAGCCGGGGCAGGGCCGGGCGCGGGGCCUCCGGGCCGAGGGGACCGCUUCUGGGGGAAGUCCCCAGCCCCGGCAAAGGUGGCCACUCGCAAGCGUUCGUCAAGAACUCCAGAGUCCUCUGUGAGAAACCCGGCACUCACUGCCCUCCGUGAGCAAACUGCUUCACGCCUGGUGGUCCAGGGUGACUUAGAGCCUUCUUUUUCUCCUCCAUCUUCUUUCCUUGAUUUGUCAGUGGUGAACCGUUCCCUGGCGCAGCACCGGGCCUUUAGCAACCAAAGCUCCAGGGGAGGGAAGGGCCAGCUGGACUUAGCAGUGACCAAAGACGGAGUAGAGGCCCUCAUGUCUGGGGUUUGUCUUGUUCACGGCUAUAUCUCUAGCCCCCGACAGGGCCUGGCCAUAGUAGGUUCUCCUACUGAGAAAGCACCAAGCUCACUUCAAAGAGUUGACUUCAAAGCCCCCUUGGCCAAGAAUUGCUCGACACUGAAGCCCAUAGGAGUUGGCGUCAAUGGAAGACCUUGUCCUGUCACCCUCGAGGACUUGCAGCGGAGACAGUGCGGCCUGCCGAGUAUUUACUACCCGUCCCUUUACAGAGUAGGUUUGCUGACCCUGGUGUGGACCGACCAGGCUCUUUCCGUCAAUACAAGCAGUGUGACCACAACAUGGGAAAACACGAACAGCACUGUUUCUGAGUAUGCACAUAAAGAAAGGAGCAUGGUGGAGAGUAGGUGGACCACCACUGAUGAAAAUCCAGCAAGUACCACAGGCUUGAGUCCAACAACUUCAUACACAUCCUUUGUCACUUCAGAAAUAGUCACUAGGCCUUCGGGAGAUCCCACGGCUGGAAAUGACACAACAGAGCCAAGUCCAGUUUCUGGUCUUCGUGUUUCCUUCGUGGGAGUGACGCAAGCUACUCUUACCUGGAAGGAAGCGAACGGCACCGCCACCUGCCGGCUACUCCUUGAAGGCAUCGGAGGUCCUGAUGGGACGACUCAAGACUUGCUGGUCAAUAAAUCUGGCCUAAUGCCAGGGGCUCAACACAAUAUCACCCUGCCUCUUUCAGAACCAAAUGAACAGAGAGAGUCCUCGGUCACAGACAGUGGCUUAGAUGCCAACAACACAGAGAGCUCCUCCCAGCAGCCCCGGGCCCGCGCUGCCUGGGUGUAUAAAUACCCCCUCGUUCCUACAGACCUGUCUUCUCACCAGCCUCUGACCCAAGACACGGAAGUCCUGCUGUUCGGGUUGAAGUCCAACACGCAGUACAGGGCCACCGUUUAUUCUCAAGCGGCAGAUGGCACAGAAGGACAGCCCCGAAACGUAACUUUCAGAACAGUGGCCAGUCAAGUUUUUGACAUUGAAGUUGUGAACAUCAGUGCGACACACAUGACCCUGACCUGGAAAAUCAACAAUGAUGAGUCGUCCUCUCUCUAUACCUACAAGGUCCAGGUUGCUGGGCCGACCGAUUCCUUCGUCCUCAAUGUCAGUGAUACUUGGGUCAACAUCUCUUCACUCAGCUCCAGUACCUUAUACAACAUCACAGUGUGCCCUUUCCUUGGCAGCGGUUCUGAGGGCGUGUCAGGUUUUCUCCAGGUGUACACCCCCCCUGGUCCAGUUUCUGACUUUGGAGUGACAAAUGUCAGCACAAGGGCAAUUGGCUUAGCUUGGAGGAGCAAUGACUCAGAUUUCUUUGAGAUAUUUACCAGAAAGAAUGGAACUGGAAAACCUCAGGAGAACACAACCAGCAACCAAAGUAUUGUCAUUGGUGGCUUAUCCCCCGGGACCAUGUAUACUUUUGAAAUAUUUCCAAGAGGACCAAAUGGGACUAAAGGGGAUCCCCAGACAGUUUGCAAUAGCACUGACCCCAGUGUAGUCUUUGACAUCCGUGUGCUCCGAGUCACCACGACCGAAAUGGAGUUGGAGUGGCAGAAUACAGAUAAUGCUUCUGACUAUACCUACUGCCUGGAUGUACAGUCCAAGUACGGUUUUAACAAGACAAACAGUUCUCAGAAAGCCAUCACUCUUAAGGACUUGGUUCCAGGCACCUUAUACAACAUCACGAUCUUUCCAGAAGUGAACCUUGUCGUGGGCAAGUCCGACUUCACUGUACAGUACACGUUGCCCAGCAAUGUAUCCAAUAUUAAAAUAUGUACCAACACCACAGCAGCAACCUUAAGUUGGCAGAACUCUGAUGAAGCUUCUGAUACGUACAUCUACCACCUUCUUAUUGAGAAGGAUGGAAACUCCAGCGGGGCAACACAACUCGUCACAGACAUGGGUAUCACCAAUGCCACAGUCACCGAGUUGAUACCUGGCUCGGCAUACACAGUGAAGAUCUUCACCCAAGUGGGGAACACCAACUUGUCCCUGGCUCCUAGCUGGCAGUCAUUCUGUACAGAUCCUGCACCAGUAGCCUCCUUCCACUGUGAAGUUGUCCCCAAAGAGCCAACCUUGAUUCUCAAGUGGGCCUGCCCUCCCGGCACCAACAUGGCCUUCCACCUGGAGAUCAGCAGAGGAGCUUGGAAAAAUGUGACAGACCUGGAGAGCUGCUCCUCACAGAACGGCACUGAGUACGAGACGGAAGUCACAUAUUUGAAUUUUUCUACCUCCUACAACAUCAGCAUCACUGCCUCUUCCUGCAACAAGAUGGCGUCUCCCGCCCAAAACACCUGCCUCACUGGCAUCACAGACCCCCCUUCACCAGAUGGAUCCCCGAACAUCACGUCCAUCAGUCACAAUUCAGUAAAGGUUGAAUUCAGUGGGUUUGAAGCCAGCCACGGACCCAUCAAAGCCUAUGCGCUCAUUCUCACCACUGGGAACGCUGCUCACCCGUCUGCAGAUGUUCUGACAUAUACGUAUGAGGAUUUCAAAAAGGGGGCCUCAGACACUUACGUGACAUACCUCAUAACAACAGAAGAAAAGAGACGUUCUCAGGGUUUGGCUGACAUCUUGAAAUACGAAGUCGAUGUUGGGAACGAGUCAACCACGCACGGUUAUUACAAUGGGAAGCUGGAACCCCUGGGCUCCUAUCGGGCUUGUGUGGCCGGCUUCACCAACAUCACCUUUAACCUUCGCAGUAACGGACUCAUAGAUGGGGCCAAGAGCUACGUAUCCUUCGGUCCCUAUUCAGAUGCAGUUUUCUUGCCCCAGGAUCCAGGUGUCAUCUGCGGAGCAGUGUUUGGGUGCAUCUUUGGUGCCCUGGUAAUUGUGGCUGUGGGAGGCUUCAUCUUCUGGAGAAAGAAAAGGAAAGAUGCGAAGAAUAAUGAAGUAUCCUUUUCUCAAAUUAAACCUAAAAAAUCCAAGUUAAUCAAAGUGGAGAAUUUCGAGGCCUACUUUAAGAAACAACAAGCAGACUCCAACUGUGGGUUUGCAGAAGAAUAUGAAGAUCUGAAGCUCGUUGGAAUUAGUCUACCUAAAUAUGCGGCAGAACUUGCUGAGAAUAGAGGAAAGAAUCGCUAUAAUAAUGUUCUGCCCUAUGAUAUUUCCCGUGUCAAGCUUUCCGUCCAGACCCACUCAGCUGAUGACUACGUCAAUGCCAACUACAUGCCCGGUUACCAUUCCAAGAAAGAUUUUAUUGCCACACAAGGGCCUUUGCCCAACACUUUGAAAGAUUUCUGGCGUAUGGUUUGGGAGAAAAAUGUAUAUGCCAUUGUUAUGUUGACCAAAUGUGUCGAACAGGGAAGGACCAAAUGUGAGGAGUACUGGCCCUCCAAGCAGGCUCAGGACUAUGGGGAUAUAAUGGUGGCAAUGACAUCAGAAGUUGUUCUUCCAGAGUGGACCAUCAGAGACUUCACGGUGAAAAAUAUCCAGACAAGUGAGAGUCACCCUCUGCGACAGUUCCAUUUCACCUCCUGGCCGGACCACGGCGUUCCCGACACCACUGACCUGCUCAUCAACUUUCGGUACCUUGUUCGUGACUACAUGAAGCAGAGUCCUCCUGAGUCACCCAUUCUGGUUCAUUGCAGUGCUGGGGUUGGAAGGACAGGCACGUUCAUUGCCAUUGAUCGUCUUAUCUACCAGAUAGAGAAUGAGAACAUGGUGGAUGUGUAUGGGAUUGUGUAUGACCUUCGAAUGCACAGGCCUUUAAUGGUGCAAACAGAGGACCAGUAUGUUUUCCUCAACCAGUGUGUUUUGGAUAUUAUCAGAUCCCAGAAGGACUCAAAAGUAGAUCUCAUCUACCAGAACACAACCGCAAUGACAAUCUAUGAAAACCUUGCACCCAUGACUGCGUUUGGAAAGACAAAUGGUUAUAUCGCCUAAUUCCAAAGUCAGACAUUUCUGGAGUUACCCAGACCGUCACACCCACAGCAAAGGAAUAUGCCCCGAUGUGGACAUGUUUUUAUAUGUCUAAUAUCUUAAUUCUUUGUUCUGUUUUGUUAGAACUAAUUUGAGGGUGUGAGGCUGCUCACGUGCAACAUAACAGAUGAGAAGUUGGGGCUGUCAGGGGCUGUGGAUGGGUGGUGAGCUAAUCAACGACAUUCCUGAUCACCAGUGGGAUGAGUUCACUUUUUGUUUUUUGGUUGUUUUUUUUUUUUU